AUGGUGCCAAAAGUGAAGAAGAAAGCCCCUGCCCCUCUCCAAACUGAAGCCAAAGCAAAGACUUUGAAAGCAAAGAAAGCAGUGCUGAAAGUCGUCCACAGCCACAAAAAAAAGAAGAUCCACAUGUCACCCACCUUCCAAAGGCUCAAGACACUGUGGCUCCGAAGGCAGCCCAAAUAUCCUUGGAAGAGUGCCCCCAGGAGAAAUAAGCUUGAUCUCUAUUCCAUCAUGAAGUUCAACCCAACUACAGAGUCAGCCGUGAAGAAGAUAGAAGACAACAAUAAACUUGUGCUCCUUGUGAAUGCCAAGGCCAACAAGCACCAGAUCAAACAGGCUGAGAAGAGGCUCUGUGACCUUGACGUGGCCAAGGUCAACACCCUGAUCAAGCCUGAUAGAGAGAAGAAGGCAUAUGUUUGA